AUGCAUUUUGGAUUACUCCUAAGUUUCACGGUGUUUGAUAGAGAUCUUUCAGGUCUGGACAAGAUGGGUAACCGACGGUAUGCACGAAAAGCAGGAGACUUGUUAGCACUUUUGGUAUGGUACACUAUUGAAAGCGCAUGCUUGCGCUUUCAAUGUUCUUGGAUUGUUAGAAGCAAUCCUAAGAAGCUGAAAGCGGAAGAAUCGUUGAAAAAGUUGAAUCCUAAGAGGCCUUACUGGACAUUCAAGGUAGACAGGAUCAAUUCUGUAACCUAUAAAUACCGUAAUAAUUGGCUAUCGUAUUCAGCCGGUGACGUACACGAGGAAGAAGAGCGUAAAUGUAAGCACAUGAAAUUGUUUUUUUUCAACUGUUUCUUCUGCUGA